AGCAUGGAGACUCUGGAAGGAGAUGAACUUUGCUUUCCACAGCUACCAAACAUCUCUUGUAAAAGGCCACUGCAGCAUCGUGGUCCAACUGUCUUGCUGUACAUCAUCCUGUCCUGCAUCUCUUUGCUCACUGUGAUGCUGAAUCUGCUCGUCAUCAUCUCUAUCUCCCACUUCAGGCAGCUCCACACCUCCACCAACCUCCUCCUCCUCUCUCUGGCUGUGGCCGACUUCCUCGUUGGCCUCCUGCUGAUGCCGGUUCAAAUCAUCCUCCUGAGUGGCUGCUGGUUAUUGGGCAGUGUGAUCUGUGGUCUGUUCUACUAUGCCUCUUUCAUUCUGACAUCUGCGUCAGUGGGAACCAUGGUUCUCAUAUCAGUUGACAGAUAUGUGGCCAUUUGUGAUCCUUUGUCUUACCCCACCAUAGUCACUCACCAACGAGUUAAAAUAAGUGUUUGUGUGUGUUGGGCCUGCUCUCUGUUCUAUAAUGGUGUGAUACUACAUGUGUUCCUGGAAAAUCCAGACACAUAUAACUCCUGCUAUGGAGAGUGUGUAGUUGUAAUCAGCUUCAUAACAGGAGCUGUUGAUGUCGUUUUGACCUUCAUUGGCCCGAUUGCUGUCAUAGUGGUUCUGUAUACGAAAGUAUUUGUGGUGGCUGUGUCUCAGGCUCGAGCCAUGAGAUCUCACAUUACUGCUGUCACAGUCCAGGGCUCAGUUACUGUAACAGCUAAGAAAUCUGAGAGAAAAGCAGCCAGGAUUCUUGGUGUUGUUGUGGUUUUCUUUCUCAUAUGUUUCUGCCCGUAUUUUUAUCCCUCUCUCGCAGGCCAGGACAUGUCAACAAGUCUGACCUUUUCUAUUUUUGGGGUCUGGCUUCUUUAUUGUAACUCCUGCAUCAAUCCCAUCAUCUAUGCUUCUUUCUAUCCCUGGUUUAGGAGAUCUAUUAAACUCAUUGUUACCCUUCAGACACUGCAUCCCCACUCCUGUGAUUCACAAAUCAUGUAG